AUGAGGGACCGCUCCAAGGAGCUGGACUGUAUGGACAUCGAUUCGGAGCCGUAUGAGUGCAAGGUGUUUCUGAAAGGCCCCUAUAGCGAUGACGAGCUCGACCAGCGUUUCUUCGACAUGGUGCAGCAGAUUCGGGAGUCGCUAGAACUUCUCAGGAGUAAAGUGAAAGCGUUGGAGUCCAGUCAGAUGAAGGUCCUCUGCCAGCCGUUCCCUGGGGACAGUAUGAAGAAAGAUUUAGAGUCCCUGAGAGAGGAAGUCAAAGUUUUAGCUAAAGAGAUUCGAGGGAAAUUAGAGAAAAUCGAGAUGAAAUAUGACGACGAUCAAGUGAGAGGGUCAGUCCACAAGAGAAUGAAGAAGACGCAGCAUGGUGUCCUCUCCAAGCAGUUCAUCGAAGUCAUUAAUCAUUGCAACCUGAUCCAGACGCGGUACAGGGAGAGCAACGUCAACAGAAUCAAAAGGCAGCUUCAGAUCACCGGACAGAGACUCACAGACGAUCAGUUUGACGACAUGCUGGAGAGCGGACAGAGCGACAUCUUUACAUGUAAUGUAAGCAAAGGUUCCUCAUUGGCGGAGUUGGUCGGAGUCGGGAACGAGUAUCUGAAGUCAUCGGUGGACGUUGCCGUGUUUGGGCUCUGA